AUCUCAGGAUGCACCUUCCACGGGUGUGAAGCCAGGAGAUUCUGGAGAGACUAGCACAUCUACUUCUGCCCGUAUCGGUACCUCCAAACCAUCUAAUCAUACAACAACCUCCGCCUCUACAGCCGCAACUCCUCACCAAGGCUCCUUGUUUGAGUCAAAGGGGAGCGCCAAUCGAACGCCCAACGCAUUCUUCAAGCCCACAUCUACAGCUGGACCGUCUGUCGGCUCGAAACGUCCUCGUUCCGAGGAACCAUCUUCCCGGCGACCCGCUGUACAACUUGCGGACAUCUCGGUGGGUUCAGCGGCCAGUGUCUCUGGGGUGCUCAGUGGGGUUUUGGAGAAAGACGUUGAUGCAGACAUGCAAGAGGACAAACCAGAGGCCGCCAAGAGAUCCGACCUUGCCGAGGAAUCUCGCCACGAAUCGCGUGCCGGCUACAACACAUCCGUGUUUUCCGCUGCAAUAGACGUCGAAAUGGAGCCGCAGACACAGACCUCCACGAGCCGCAAGACCCCUUCAGCGACGCCCGUCCCGCCGGGUGCGUUUCUACUCGAGGUUGAGGAAGUAAAUGAGCCAGAACCGUCGACCUUGGCGAGGAACCAGCCCAGCCCGCCUCCUGCGUUGCACACACCGAUGCGCAAGCAACCAACGCGCCUCUCGCGCACACAAAGUUCGACCGCGGAUCUCUCGCGCAGUGUCCCCGGCGCAUUUGUCGACGAAGAAGAGGAUACCGUCCCGCCGCUGCCCGCGUCAACGCGCCCGCGUAGGAAGUCGCGGUCGUCUCGACCUGUGGAUGACAAGUCAACCCCGAGACAAACAAGGCGAUCUUCCAGGCUCAGCGCGAUGUCGGCGUCGGAGCGCGGAUCGUCUUCUCCGGAGCCUGAGCCCACUCCUGCGACGAAGAUGAGGCGGAGUUCCAGCAGGGCACCUGCAACGCCUGCCAAGAGCAGGGUGCGCAAGCAGCGUUGAUGGCUGCAGCGUCAUGACUUGUAAUUUCCAUCUACAGAGUAUUUAACCUUUGAGUAUCUCUGGAUGUUGUGUUAUCGC